AUGUAUUUUGAGAAAAUAUGGUGCUUAAUUUUAAAGAGAGGUCGCCUUUCAACUUUUUGAUGUGCGUAAUUUGCAUUGCAUCUCUUGGAUACGGAGCAAACGUCGAUGUUCCUUUUGAACCGACUCCUACUGCUCCAUCUAAACUUCCUUGGAGCCCGAUGGAGGAGACUGAUCCUGACCUCGACCCAGGUGAAACCACCCAAGCGGUGUUUACACUGAACUACCCCCGCAUUCAGCUCCCGUUUGAGAUUACUUUAUGGGUGCUACUUGCGUCCUUUGCCAAAAUAGGUUUCCAUGUUUACCAUAAGAUCACGGUCUGGGUUCCAGAGUCAUGUUUGCUGAUCUCCAUUGGUCUCAUAGUCGGGGGCAUCAUGCACUCGUUGCACGAGAAGCCGCCGUCAGUGCUCACCUCCAACACCUUUUUCCUCUAUAUGUUGCCACCCAUUGUUCUAGACUCGGGCUACUUCAUGCCCACUCGGCCUUUCUUUGAGAAUUUCGGCACGGUGCUGUGGUUUGCUGUUGUUGGCACCUUGUGGAAUUCUAUUGGCAUUGGCAUCUCUCUAUUUGCCAUCUGCCAGAUCGAGGUGUUUGGUGUGCAGGACAUUACACUGCAGGAGAACCUCCUCUUCGCCUCCAUCAUCUCAGCCGUAGAACCAGUGGCUGUCCUCACUGUGUUUGAGGACAUCAGCAUCCAUGAGCAGCUCUAUAUUGUGGUAUUUGGAGAGUGCCUGUUCAAUGAUGCUGUCACUGUGGUGCUCUAUAAUCUAUUCAAUCAUGUAGCAGCGAUGGAGGUGGUUGAAGCCGGAGACGUUUUUCUGGACAUAGGUCGAUUUUUUGUGGUUGGUUUGGGCGGUACGAUUUUCGGUGUACUGUUUGGCUUUGUGGCAGCCUUCACCACACGCUUUACAGGAAAAGUGAGAGAGAUCGAGCCUCUAAUCAUCUUCCUGUACAGCUACCUGGCCUACCUCAUAGCUGAGCUCCUUGCCAUCUCCAGCAUCAUGGCUAUUGUAAUCUGCGCCUUGACUAUGAAGUAUUACGUUGAGGAGAAUGUAUCCCAGCGCUCCUGCACCACUAUUCGGCAUGUCAUUAAGAUGGUUGGAAGUGUGUCGGAAACUCUGAUAUUCUUCUUUCUGGGUGUUGUUACCAUAACGACAGAGCACGAGUGGAACUGGGGCUACAUCCUCUUUACUCUGCUGUUUGCUUUUCUUUGGAGAGGCCUGGGGAUCCUGGUCCUAACGCAGAUCAUUAACCCCUUCCGCACAAUUCCUUUCAACUUCAAAGAUCAGUUUGGUUUGGCCUAUGGUGGGUUGAGAGGAGCUGUGUCUUUUGCCUUGGCCUUCACUCUCCCAGACAGCAUUGGCCGUAAGAAGCUGUUCAUCACAGGCACGAUUGUUGUCAUCAUCUUCACAGUGUUCAUUCAGUGGUGCAUUGGAAUUAUUCAUGUUUAUUUUGUUGCUUCUAAUGUCCCUUGUGAUAUUUCACAAUUUGUUAUCUAUAUUUUUAUCCAUUAUGCUUCACAGACAGUGUCUUACACUAAUAAGCAUACAUUACCCAAUGAUAUCACAGCCAGGGAGAUCCUGAUGAGACGCCACACAAGCUUACGACGCAGCCUCAGAGCUGGAAGCUUCCAUGGCACUAAUGCUGCAAAAAUGUCCCAGAAGUAUUUCUCUCUGCCUAUGGGCCGGAGUCUGAACUCUGGAUUUCCUUCAGGGAGACUCGGUAACACUGAGGUGUAA